AUGGAAGCUUGGAAACUUAUUGCAAAGAAGCUUGAACCUUUUCAGUACACGGUAUGAACCGAGUUCUCACCUCUUGCUAUAAAAUAUAACGCAAUAAAUUUAGGGCAAGGUUUCCCUGCUUUCAAAUGCCCUGACUUUGCGAAACAAGCUCUAAUUGAUGCAACAAACUCUGAUGAAAACCAAUACUCAAGAUCACAGGGCUACCUCCCUUUGUGCCAAGAAUUAGCUAGAUUUUAUAGCUCGAAAUAUAAUAGAGAGAUUAAUCCUCUGGCAGAAAUAGCAGUCACAAUCGGUGCUUCCGAAGGAAUCAUGUGUGCCCUCUUAGGCAUGGUUAACCCUGAAGAUGAAGUUGUUAUGAUAGAGCCUUGCUUUGACCUUUAUAUACCCCAAACAGCAAUAUUUGGAGGAAUUCCAGUUGGUGUGCUUUAA